CUGAGUGUCUACCGCGGACCGAUUUGCCCAGCCGAAUAUUGGACAUGGUGAAGGGGGAUGUUGGUGCGCUGGCAGUUGCUGCUCACAGCCGCUACAGCGGCUGUCCUCGUUACCGGAACGUCGGUGGCAUCCGCUAGUCCUUCGACUUCAUCCUCAACCCUUGCAAGCUCGACGGGCUGCCGACCAUCCGAAUAUCUCUGCGAUACGGGGCAGUGCGUUGCGCAAGACAAAUUCUGCGAUGGGGAAGACGAUUGCGGCGACAAGUCGGACGAGCCCAGAUACUGUUCUCCCUGUAACCGGACCCUCUUCGGCGAUGUGGGCCGUACUUACGUAGUCGAAGUUCGCCGACCGCGGGAGGACCGGUUGCCCUUUUUGUGCAACUUGAACUUCACCGCGGCCGGAGGCGAUUUGGGGGAUCUUGUCCAGCUCACCUUCGACACCUUUACCGUCGGCCGCUUCCUCUCCUUCACCUCCGAGGGAUGCCCCGAUGGCUACAUGACCAUACGAGAAAUCGGACGACCACCGACCGGCGGUCAAUGGUGCGGCAGUGCCUGGGGCUACACGGUAUACUACAGCGAGACGCCAUCCAUCAAUCUCACCCUCUUCCUGUCCCGCCUCUCUGAGCAGGGCGUCGGCUACAACUUCGACUUCAAGCUGUCUUACAAGUUCCUGCGCCGCAGUGAGGCGCACCUCCGAUACGGCAACAGCACCAUGGCGACGUGGAGAGGAGACCUGGUAAACGGGACCUACUGCGACCGGGUUUUGACCCGGUGCGACACGCGGGCUUGCCGCCUCCAAUCCCCGAACUACCCGGGUGUCUACCCCAGGAACGUGACCUGCUACUACAGGGUGGAGCAGAUGCGAGCCCCGCCGGGUCACCGGGCGCUGCUAGCAGUCAGCCAGCGAAACAGCCAUAAAAUCCACAUCAAGGAUCAAAUUGUCAAAUACGAUAGGAGCCAGCGGAUAUUAAGGGUCUGGGACCAGUGCAACGUCGUUCAAGACUACCUCACCGUCUACGACGGUGGAUCGACUUCUGACAGAGUGUUGGUCCGCCUCUGCGGAGGGGAUGCCGUUCCUGAUAUAGUCAGUAGCCAUAACACGAUGCUUCUAGAGUUUCACACGUCGCCUUACGACAACCCUUUUCAUCCGGUUCCGCUCAGCUUUCUUCCUGGGUUUGAACUGGAAGUGCAGGUUCUCUUCGUCGACGAAAAGUCCCGCAGCUUUGUCAAGGAGAACAACAACUGCGACUUCUACAUCUCCGGAUACGAAAGCUCCUCGGGUAUUUUGGAAAACCCGAGGCACUCGCUACCCCCCAAUACCACUUGUCGGUAUUACUUUCAGGGAAAGGCGAGCGAAAUCGUCUGGAUAUCCUUUGUCAAGUAUUACGCAGCGAGCUCUGACCCUGCCGCUAACCUCGACUCUGCUGCAGAGUGCAACACGAGGCUACAGAUAUGGGACGGAGCUUAUCCGUCGGACAAACAAUCGGCCCCAAAGAACGUUUCACUGAUGGGUGAAUUCUGCAAGGACGAUAUACCGCGUCUCUGCGAUCACAGCCUUCUACGGAACAGCAGCCGUCAGACGCGCCCCUGCAAGCUAUCCGAGAGCUACGUAUCCACGGGAAAAGACCUGACCCUGGAGCACAUCCUACGUCAAGGAAGCGCGUUGUACCCGAUAAGUUUCGUGCUGCGUUACGAGUUCGUACACUCAAGUUCCACAGGUGGUGUUCCAGUGCAGGAGGCGAUGUCCUGCGACGAGGUCUUCCGCUCCUCGCAGGCUCCAAGGUCCGGGAAGUUCGCCUCCCCGAAAAGCGUCUUCUUCUACGGACGUGGUGGGGCUCAAAACCUGAGCUGCAUCUACCGCUUCGAAGCGGAUCCGGAGCAGCGUGUCCAACUAACGUUGGGCCCAGCGUCCUUCGGGGACCGAACGCGGUGCGUCUCGUCCACGGACCCAUUGGUGGGUCGGUGGGGCUGCGAGUACCCGUCAUCCCCAGGGCUGGUAGCGGAAAUCUCGGUGUCCGAGUUCCCGUGGCCGGGGGUGAAGUUGGUGCGGGAUUGUCUCUGCUCCAACACGAGCGGUGCGGUGAGUUUGCGGCCGCUCACAGCGGCAGUGGUGGAAGUGCGGUUCCGCGUCACGGGAAUGAACAUCACCCAGGACUACAGGAACUUCUUCUUCGAGGGGCGGUACCAGUUCCUAGAGGCCAAUGAAGCCGCCGAAACCGGAUGCACCUCGCGUCUCGAGGAGCGACGGCUACGCGGAACCAGCGGCGAGAUCUCCCUCCGUAACCCGCUGCCCCCCAGGACCCCCUUGAUCCCAGGCUCUGGUCCCCCCGCAGAGGAACAACCCCUCGCCACCGACGACGCUGCCACCGCCUCGCAGUGCGUAAACGAGCCCUGGCUCAUCGAGCCCGAGGACUCGCAAAUGAACUUCCUGUACCUCAGAACCGCUGGCUUCGGCAUCAGCCCCGAGACCGUAUCCCAGUGCCCGACCCUGAACAGGAUCGUCGUUUACUCGGCCGCUGACACCCGUCGGAGAAAUGUUAUUUGCCCUGAGGGUGGACCGGAAGGACUCAAAACCGUUGAUUUCUUCUCCGACGGAUGGAACGCCAGCCUUUCAAAUCACUCGGUUCUCAUCAUGCCACACGCCCGGAGCUUCGUCGUCGAGUUCCUGCAGCGGGAACCUGGAUACUACGCCGUCACUUGGAUGGCCAUUUCGAAGCGAGCGUCCCUCGCGCUCCCAGCUGGUUCCGCUUUUGCCAUUUCACCCGUUCACGACUGUCUCUACAGAUGCCCGGAGAUCCAAGCGUGCAUAAACGGCGCGCUUUGGUGCGACGGAGUCCGUCACUGUCCGUCAGGCUUCGACGAGGAGGAGGGCAACUGCUCUUAUCGUUUCGGUGUCACGUUGCUGUACGUCGCAAUUGGCGCGGGGGCGUUGGGAAUAUUUGCAAUUUUGCUAUUGGCGACGGGGUGCCUAAAGUACUGCCUGUACCGUCACAGGGCGCGAAAGAAGAAGAAGAACGUGGCUAUAAACGUGAACAACUUGCACGUGAAUCACACCCACCCGAACAACGGCCUGACCGGAAGUAGACUGAGCAAUCGUUAUCUAGCAACGCCGCAGGAGAUGUUCCUCGACAAUUACGGCAAGGACAGUAUUUGUUGACAGCAGGUUAUAUCGAACGUCGAGACGACGGUGUGAUCGUUUAAUUUUUUCUUUCUUUCUUUCUUUUUUAUACCACGAACAUAAAUUAUAACGAUUAAUGUAUAAUUACAUCGCGUUCGCCCGAUGGUUCACCGGAUGCAGGUGCGGGCUGCCGGUGAUAUAGGAUAAUGAAAUUGUAAACCAAUAAGAUACCUACCUAAUUCGUAAUGUAACGAUGAUGUAG